AUGGAUUCUUUUAAACAAAUUUGGGGUGAAGGUUGUAGUAGUAGUGAAUCUGGUUGGACUAUGUAUAUUGAUUCUCCAAUGCAAGAAGAUGAUGCUAGAUGCAGCAAUGAAAAUGAUGGAUAUCAUCAUAAUCAUGGUGAAGUUUAUGGCGAAAAGCAUGGGAGAAAGAAGAAAGAUGAUGAAGAAGAAAGUGAUGAUUCAAUGGCUUCGGACGCUUCGUCCGGGCCGAUGAAUUAUCAACAAAAUCGAGGCCAUGGUGGAGAAGAGAGGAAUCGAACAUCGGUGUCGAAGAAAGAUAAACAAGAUCAUGGAAGUAAGAGUUGUUCUAAGAAGAAUGGAAAUAAACAAGAGAAGAAACGUGUUGAUAGUAGAAGUAAGAAAUGA